CGAUCCUACCCCGUUGAAGCAUCCCAACGCAUCGAAAGAUCCGUAGACUCCGAUGAACGACGAAACUCGGAAGAAAUGAGUCCGAGUCCGAACCGACUCUUCAGAUGCAAUCCUCACUCACCAUCAAGGCCAGCAAGCUCGCACGCGGGUUCACCUCCCUCUCGACGUCCCUCGCCGCUUCGUCUCCCCGUCGUCACGUCCGCAUCGACGGCGGCGGCGGCGGCGGCGGCGGCACCCCCGUCGCGAACAAGCGAGAGGCGGAACAGAGCUGCCUAGCUUCGCUCCGGCUCUGCGACACUGUCCCAAAGCUCGCCCAAGCCCACACCCACAUCAUCAAAUCGGGCCUCGGCAACAACCCGCUCGUCCUCACCAAGUUCGCCUCCACGUCUUCGGAUCUCGACGCCGUCGACUUCGCCUGCUCUUUCCUCUUCGCGCCUGAUGCAGACGCUCGUCUUUACGACGCCUUCCUUUUUAACACCGUCAUCCGAGCUUGUGCCCAGAGCAAACCCCGAAAGGCCUUGGCUUUUUAUAAUCUCAUGCUUAGGGCUGGCAUUUCGCCGAACAAGUUCACCUACCCAUUUGUUCUUAAGGCCUGUGCCGGCAUUGGGGACUUGAGUUUGGGCCGCUCGGUUCACGGCUCCGUCUUUAAGUUCGGGUUCGAUGAAGAUGUUCAUGUGCAGAACACGAUGGUUCACAUGUACAGCUGUUGUGGAGGGGGGAUAGAGUUUGCGAGGAAGGUAUUUGAUGGAAUGACGAAGCUGGACUCUGUUUCGUGGAGUGCCAUGAUCGGUGGGUAUGUACGUUUAGGCGAGUCAGGUCAUGCAGUAGCGUUAUUUAGAAAGAUGCAGAUUGCCAGGGUCAAGCCUGAUGAGAUUACUAUGGUUUUGUUGUUGUCGGCUUGUGCAGAUUUAGGUGCCCUUGAGCUGGGUAGGUGGGUUGAGUCCUAUGUUGUGAGAGAAAGUGUUCAAAAGACCGUGGAGCUGUGCAAUGCUCUUAUCGACAUGUUCGCCAAGUGCGGAGAUGUUGAUAGUGCAUUAAGGUUGUUUAGAAGCAUGAGUAAAAAAACAAUUGUUUCAUGGACUUCUGUCAUUAGCGGUCUUGCAGUACAUGGCCGCGGUGUGGAGGCUGUUUCUCUUUUCGAUGAGAUGAUAGCAGCUGGUGUGGUACCGGAUGAUGUUGCCUUCAUUGGCUUGCUUUCAGCUUGUAGUCACUCUGGCUUGGUUGAGAAGGGCAGAGAUUAUUUCAACUUGAUGACAAAGAGAUUUGGUAUUGAACAUAAGAUAGAGCACUAUGGUUGCUUGGUAGAUCUGCUCUGUAGGGCUGGUCUCAUCCAAAAGGCCAUAGAGUUUGUCGAGAAAAUGCCCCUCGAACCGAACCCAGUUAUUUGGCGAACCUUGGUUAAUGCUUGCCGGGCACAUGGUGAGCUCAAGCUUGGGGAGGACAUCACCAAAAGGUUAAUCGGAAAAGAACCCAUGCACGAGUCAAAUUAUGUUUUGCUCUCGAAUAUAUAUGCAAAAAUGUCCCAUUGGGAAAAGAAAACCAAGAUCAGAGAGGUGAUGGACACCAAGGGGAUGAGAAAGAUUCCUGGAAGCACCUUGAUCGAACUAGAGAACGAGAUUUAUGAAUUUGUGUCUGGCGACAAGUCGCAUGAUCGGUAUAAGGAAAUCUAUGAGAUGUUGGAUGAGAUGGGGAGGGAGAUAAAGAAGGCUGGAUAUCUUGCUUCUACGUCGGAGGUGCUCCUCGAUAUUAAUGAAGAGGAUAAGGAAGAUGCUUUGAAUAGGCACAGUGAAAAGUUGGCAAUUGCAUUUGCUCUUCUCAGGACACCACCUGGAACUUCUAUCCGCAUAGUGAAGAACUUGCGAGUUUGCGAGGAUUGUCACUCUGCUACCAAGUUCAUCUCCAAAAUUUAUGAUCGAGAAAUAGUUGUGAGGGACAGGACUAGAUUUCACCAUUUCAAGGAUGGCAUGUGCUCAUGUGCAGACUUUUGGUGAUAUGUCCCUGCAUUGUGGGACUCACAUCAAGUGGAACAUCAUGUUUCAUGGCUUGGGAUCGAAUGUUUUAGCUCCACUCAAAUGUUUUACUUGUAGAGAGAGAAUGUCUUAUGCAAAGUGCAAAAGUUCUUCGCUCGGAGGUUCUUAGCCAGAAUCCUCUAUCGGGGAUCAUAGCAUCCACGAUAUUCCAACCUGUGUGAUUGUGAGUACUCCAUUGACUGAUCCAAAAUUGAGGUGAUCUCUUUGUUUGAAUGCAGAACAUGUAUCAGAGAAUAAGAUGGGUUUGGAGGCAGGAGCUGGCUUUCUUUCUCACCUGAGGCCUUCAUGAAACAUUCAUUUUAGGGAGGAAACAGAUUUCGACAAGGUGCUAUUUGCUUUUAUCUGAAUACUAACUCCUAAGUGUUGGAUAAACCUGCAAAAUCUUGCUAAGGCCUCCGCCACAACUUCUCUUCGGGAUGCUUGUGAGAUUUGCGAUCUGAGAAACAGGAAUUUUCAUCUGGAGCACACCGUUGCUCUAAUGAUUAUUUUGACAACCCACCCUACGCUGAGUUCCAUCUGGGUGGAGCAAUGUGUUUUACAUUGGGGGCACCAAAUUUGGAAUAGCAAGGUAAUACGCCAUAAAGAUAGCCUGAUUGAGUCUGGGUUGAGUAAGCAGGAUCUGCAAAAUAGUCAUGGAUAUUGAGAUGUCCCCAGAACUGAGAAACUUCAGCUUCAAAAUCAAAAGGCAUGCUCUGAGCUUUUCAGAAUUAAGGGAGAGAUGGGUUGCCGAUACACUAAGUGGGGUAUGUUCAUACAAAUCAUGUUUUGUCCUUGCUCUCGUCAAGAAGAAUAAAUUAGAUCA